AUGAGCCGGACGGGCGGCGCGUCGUCUCUUGGCUCCUCACCGCCCACGCCCCACACACGGCUCAGUUCGUCACAGGCACGUCCAUUACAGCCCGACAUCACACCUCAAACUGUCCAUCAAGACACAGACCAAGACCCACACCUGGAGAUGUCGCUGCUGCACGCGUUGAUCGCGCGUGACACGGUCGUCCUCGUCGAACACGACCAUGCACCCCACACCCCCAACAACUACGCACAGGGCAAGUCACACCAGAUGCAAGCGACCUUGCUUGAUCGCUGA